AUGGCGACAAAGUGGGGCGAAGAGCGAGGGACGAUGCUGGCCAUCCACGCGACGCGCGACGUCGUCGAGCAGGUCAUAUCCAAGGUGGGUGGCGGCGAGCUCGAGGUUGCGUGCUACAAUGCCGUGGCCAGCCAGGUGGUGGGCUCUGCAUCGGCUGUGGCGCGUGCUGAGGCGGUGCUCGCGGGUGAGGCGCAGUUUGGCAGUGUUCGCAGCCAGCGUGUCGACGUGACGCAUGGCUUCCACUCCAAGUUCACUGAGCCGCUGCUCGACGAGCUGUCCCAGCACACGCGCCAGCCCGUCUACUUUGUCGACGCCGUCCGCCGCAUCGAAGCACGCCUGGGCCCGCGCUGCCUGUGGCUCGAGGCUGGCACAGACUCACCCAUCGUGCCCAUGGUUGUCGGCCUCCUCAUCAACAGCAGUGACGCCUGCAUCCCUGACCAUGUCUUCGUCGCCACUGGCCUUGACAGUGCUACGCUGUCUCAAGCCUGUGACUUUGCUGCCACUGACUCAUGGACUGUGUAUGCUGUCUUCAGGUCUACUAGUGACACGACGGCCACGGGCGACGUCUUUGUCAUGGCUUGCGACGACACUGUAGCCUUAACCGUCAUGGACGUCGCCUUCACCCGACUGCCCAUUGCAACGCUGGAGAAACUGCUGGAUACGGCAAAUUCUACCCCUGCUUCCCGUAAGGAUGCUGCUCUCCCUAAGCACUAUGCUCCCCAAAAGCAUGCUACGACGGCAGUUCCAAGUCGACACGCUGUGCCUGAUUUGGUUGCUGCUGACGAAUAUCCCGCCCACAAUUAUUCCGAGAGUGAAGGCAGUGUUCCCCCUCCACCUAGUGAGCAAGACGACAGUAGUCUCCGCAAGACGAUUGCUAUGUACACCGAUGUAUCGAUAGAUUCUAUUGCUGCACAAGCCACCAUGGCAGAUUUGGGUGUCGACUCUCUAGCCGCCGUGGAAUUUGAAGAGGACUUGCGGUCGCAAUCCGGCAAGGACAUCGAAUCAGCCGACCUCCUUGCCAGUACUCUCAACGUCUUAUCACAGCUGGUCCUAACUUCAGUCUCCAAAUCGCAGUCAAAGACCAAAUCGACCAAAGCUCAUGUUGUCCAAAUGGAUCCCCUUCUACAGGUUCGCGCGGCUGCAAGCAGCGCUGGUCGGCAGCGCCUCCUGGAAAUCGUUUCCGACGCUUGCGGCGCUCCGCCUGCGGAUAUCAAAGAUUCGCACACGCUUCGUGAUUUGGGUGCUGACUCCCUGGCCUCAGUGGAGCUGAGUAGUGACCUUGAAAAUGCCUUUUCCGUCCAAAUUGACGAAAACGAUCUGCAUCUCGACUCCACUGUGGCGGAGAUCAUCAAAUAUCUCGGUUUUGGCAAUGAGAGCGAACAAAGUACGCCAAGCAUGCAGACGCCGACGCCGAUUUCCAUUUCCAUUUCCAUUUCCACACAGGCAACCCAUUCUCACUCACAGACCUCGGCGCCAGCCCCUCAAGGGGAACCGAAUGCCAUCCGCCAGCGCGUGGCCCAGAUUAUAUCCGAUGCAUGUGGAGCACUAGCUGAGGACAUAAACGGAAACGAUUUACUUCGUGACUUAGGUGUCGACUCAUUGUCAGCGAUGGAGCUGAAGAAUGAGCUUGAGGACGAGUUCAACGUCGAGCUGGACGACGAUCUCCUGGAUUUGUCCGUCUCAGAAACUCUCAAAAGCUGCGGAGGUGUUCUCAUAAAUUUUGGAAAUGCCUCAACCAUAUCUAGUAGCACAACCGCCAGUCGACCUCCGACAUCCAAACCAGCCAAUAGCAACUUGCCAAAGGUACCCACGGACCUGGCGAGUCCCUUUGACUCUCUUGUCAUUAGUGAGAAGGACUAUGCUGCCAAGGCGAGAAAAUGCGGAUUUCUAGACUUUGGUGCUAAUGUGUCUUCCCGGCAAGACGAGCUUAUGCUGGCUUACAUUGUCGGGGCGUUGGUAGAGCUCGGCGUCGACCUGCGGAAGAUGAAAGAGGGCACUCCAUUGCCACCAUUUGCUUAUAGAAGCAAGCAUGCUUACGAUCGACAAAUACAGAGAAUCUGGGUUAUUUUGGGCAAACAUGGAUUGGUCAACGCAGCUGGCACAUCACGACACGUACGAGGAGCUACCAAAUGCCCGCAAAGCACUUCAAAAGAUCUCCUUGGGAGGAUGCGACAAGAUUUCCCAGCCUACAAUUGCGAAUUCUCAUUGAGGAACUUGACUGAAUCUCAACUUGGGCAGUGCCUCGCCGGAAAGCAAGAUCCAAUCGCUCUCAUGUUCAAAACACAUGAUGCGCAAGCCGUUAUGGAGGACUUUUAUCUCAACUCCUCGAUGCUUGCCACUACUACAGAGAUGCUCGUGGGUACCAUCGUCGAUGCUGUUUCCAGAUCCAAAAUUCACAACCUGGUUAACAUUUUGGAGAUUGGCGCUGGCUACAAAUUGGGUCGGCCCGUCAACUACACUUUCACUGACAUAUCCCCCACGCUUGUCGGGCGUGCGCUCAAGGUGUUUUCCGACCAAUAUCCAUGGCUACACUUCCAGACUUGGAACAUGGAACAAACCCCUCCCCUCGCCCUCUGUACAACAGGACCUUUCGAUGUCAUCAUUGGUACAAAUUCUGUGCAUGCUACUCAGGAUCGGUCCGAGUGCGGAUCUGAACACACAAAAACUACUCAUUCUCUCAUGAUUCAUCGUGGGGGUCACGUGACCCUUUCUCGCAAGGCAGUUCGCCCCGCGCAAACAAACUUUCUACUCGAGAAUGGUGUUUUGCCAAUUAGCAUAGAUCAUCGACUCUGUCCAGAAGUCAACAUCAUAGAUGGUCCUAUCGCAGACACUCUUGAUGCGUACAAAUGGAUGACAACCGCCUUACCCGAUCUAGCACGAGCAAAGAGCAUUGUAGUCGACCCUCAACAAGUUGUAGUCAUUGGCUGGUCCACUGCAGGCCAUUUUGCCAUUACAACUGCGUGGACGGCCAAGUCCGCUGUUGCGAGACUACCACGUGCCAUUCUGAGCUUCUAUUUUCCCAGACUUCGAGCCUGGUGA